GGGCGCUCUAUAAGAAGUUCCUGAGCUCUGUGCAGAAGCCAGUGACUCCCUCCAAGAGAACAAGAUGAGGUGGGGCCUUGCUUUCCUGCUAGCCCAUCUGUUCACCCUCAGCUCUGCUAUUGGAGGAUUAGAGAAUUGGACACCCUGGACCUCUGCCUUUUCCAAGGUUUUGACUUCAGCUCCAAAUGCAGCUCCAGCUGAAAAUCUGACUAUGGUUCCUUGGGUAGCACCGGUGACCACACCUUGGGCAGAGGGCCAUGCUGUGUCCCAGCCAUUUUCCAAUUUCACCGGCUCUGUGGAUGACCGCGGGACAUGCCAGUGCUCCGUUUCUCUGCCAGAUACCACCUUUCCUGUGGUCCGAGUGGAACGCUUGGAGCUCACAGCUCACAUCCUCUCUGAGAAGUUUGAGAAAGAGCUUUCUAAAGUGAAGAAAUAUGUUCAAUUAAUCAAUGUGUAUGAAAAAAAACUCUUAAACCUAACUGUCCGAGUAGAGAUCUUGGAAAAGGAUAGCAUUUCUUACACAGAACUGGACUUUGAGCUGAUCAAGAUAGAAGUGAAGGAGAUGGAGAAACUGAUCAUACAGCUGAAGGAGAGUUUUGUUGGAAGCACAGUAAUUGUUGACCAGCUGGAAGUGGAGAUAAGGAAUAUGUCUCUCCUGGUAGAGAAGCUGGAGACGCUAGACAAAAACAAUGUCCUUGCCAUCCGCCGAGAAAUUGUGGCCCUGAAGAACAAGCUGAAGGAAUGUGAGGCCUCUAAAGGGGAAUACUUUCCCGUCACCAUGCCUCCUCCUGCUCCGGGAAGCUGUAGUCACGGUGGCGUGAUGAACAUCAGCAAGCCGUCUGUGGUUCAACUCAACUGGAGAGGGUUUUCCUAUAGAUAUGGUGCCUGGGGUCGGGAUUACUCUCCCCAGAAUCCAGAGAGAGAGCGGUACUGGGUGACACCUUUGAAUACAGAUGGGAGGACACUGCAGUAUUAUAGACUUCACAACACACUGGAUGAUUUGCUGUUGUACACAAAUGCUCUAGACGCUCAGAUUAAGUAUGGCCAAGGCAGUGGUACAGCAGUUUACAACAACAACAUGUAUGUCAACUGGCACAACACUGGGAAUAUUGCCAGAGUUAACCUGACCAAUAACAGGGUUGAAGUGACUCAAACCCUACCUAGUGCUGCCUAUAAUAACCGUUUUUCAUAUGCUAAUGUUGCUUGGCAAGAUAUUGACUUUGCUGUGGAUGAGCAAGGACUGUGGGUGAUUUAUGCCACGGAAGCCAGUACUGGCAACAUAGUGAUAAGUAAACUCAAUGACACUACCCUGAAGGUACUGGACACUUGGUUUACGAAGCAGUACAAACCAUCUGUUUCUAAUGCCUUCAUGGUUUGUGGAGUCCUCUAUGCCACCCGCACUUUGAACACCAGAGUAGAAGAGAUUUUUUACUACUAUGACACAAACACAGGGAAAGAAGGCCAUCUGAGCAUUACAAUGAAUAAGGUGAAGGAAGUAGUUCAGAGCAUCAAUUACCACCCCUUUGACCAAAAACUCUAUGUCUAUAAUGAUGGCUACCUUCUGGAUUAUAAUCUUAUCUUCCUACCAAAACCCCAGGAAACUGCUAGGCAUUAGGGCAGAAAUAGAAAUAAAAUGUUAGUUGGAAAUUAUCUUCUCCACUUUUUAGAUAUCUGCAGAGGACUAGAGGUGUGUUUUUUAGUAGUGAUAUUUAGGUGCAUUGUUCUAAUACUCUAGAAACUUAGGAUAUUUGCUCUGAUUUGAUGAAUUCUCUUGAGAGUCAUCUGCCUUUUGGGAUACACUUCCCAAUUGAAAUAAGAUCCUUCUGGGGUGGGAUUGUAAGAGGUCUGGGGUACCAUGGAUCUAAUAAAACCUAUAGUGAGGCAACAUCUGGAAAUUACAGAGAACUCAGUAUGGAUUCUGGUAAUUCUUUGUACAGGAAAAUUUGCUGAAUGGCUAUCUUAUUCAUAUAGCCUAACUGAUGCAUGCCUGAAAGCAACCUGGGGCUUAAUUAGGCAGAUUAACUUCUGAAGGUGCUCAAGGGACCAAAUAUCCAGCUUUGUUUUUCCCACUAGCUCCUGGAAAAAUGCUUUGUACAUACCAGUCAGGUAAAUUUAGCAUGCUAUAUUAUAUGUGUAAGGUGCUCUGAGUUUUCUGGAGAAAGGACCUUAUAUGCACUAAAUUGUAUACCCCAAAUUAAUCCCAGGAGGAUCUUCAGAUGAAGUUCUUGACUUUUCUUUCAUUGUCUUCCUACAUAAGAGUCAGUGGAACUCUCUAUCUCAUUAUUUAAUUCCAAAGGCAGUGCAGAAGUUUAGAACCAAUCUUAACAAUUUUUUAAAUAAAAAUUUUUUAUUUAAAAAAAUUAACCAGUUUUCCAUGGGAUAGAUAUAAGAUAAAAAAUUAAUUUUCUUUUGUCUCAUUAUGAACUUUUAUUUACGAGUCUCUAAAAUGGCAAGAAAAACGUUGGGUACAUUGGUGCACACCUGUAAUCCCAGUGACUCGAGAGGCUGAGACAGGAGGAUCUUGAGUUCAAAGCCAGCCUCAGCAAUAGUGAGGUGCUAAGCAACUUAGUGAGACCCUGUCUCUAAAUAAAACACAAAAUAGGACUGGGGAUGUGGCUCAGUGGUUGAGGGCCCCUGAGUCCCCCCACCCAAAAUGGUAAGAAAAUCAGAAGACAAAGAUAAAAUUAUAGCAUUUCUGCUUCUAUAAUAGAGACCUAGGAGCAUAUGUGAGGUUUGAAUUCAUUGACUUCAAUUGUUUCAUGUGAUUUUGUGUGGAACUUGUAAGAAAACAAAAUUUUAAUUUUUUUUCUAGGAAGAGAUGUAGAAAAUCCAUUUAGAGUAGCUAGUAAAUCAGUGAAGUGGUUUAAAGCUUUGUAGGGUGGGUGCUUCCAUGAUUUUGGAUGGCUUUAUCAUCUAAUUGUGGUUAUUUCCCAUUCAUGUUCAAGUCCUUGUCUAUAGAAUUGGAUUAAAUGCUGUACUUCUCCUUUUAAAGUAAAUGAUUAAAGUGUGCUUUGAAAAAUU